AUGCGUCUCACAGCACUAGCACUCCUACUCGCCCCUUCGGCAAUCCUCGCCGCCCCAACACCAGCAGACCUAGACACCCGCCAAGCCUCCUCCGGCAGCAUCGACGCCAAAUUCAAGGCCGCCGGCAAAGUCUACUUCGGCACCAUCGCCGACCCAAACACCCUCUCGAACUCAAAGAAUGCCGCCAUCAUCAAAGCCGAUUUCGGCCAAUUGACCCCCGAGAACAGCAUGAAGUGGGACGCCACGGAGCCCAACCGCGGCCAAUUCCAGUACAGCGGCGCCGACCAAGUCGUCAACUUCGCCACCCAGAACGGCAAGAAGAUGCGCGGCCACACCCUUCUGUGGCACUCACAGCUGCCGCAGUGGGUGCAGAACAUCAAUGACAAGAACACGUUGACGUCCGUCAUUCAGAACCACAUUGCGAAUGUGGCGGGAAGGUACAAAGGGAAGAUCUAUGCGUGGGAUGUGGUGAAUGAGAUCUUCAACGAGGAUGGGUCGCUGCGCAACAGUGUGUUCAGUCGUGUGUUGGGGGAGGACUUUGUGAGAAUUGCGUUCCAGGCUGCGAGGCAGGCGGAUCCGAAUGCGAAGUUGUACAUCAAUGAUUACAACUUGGACAAUGCCAAUUAUGCGAAGACACAGGGGAUGAUUCGGAAUGUGAAGAAGUGGAUUGCGGCCGGUGUGCCGAUUGAUGGUAUUGGAACGCAGGCUCACCUGGGAGCUGGUGGCGGCUACAAUCUCAUUGGUGCAGUCAAGGCUCUGGCUGCGUCGGGUGUCUCCGAGGUUGCUAUCACCGAGCUCGACAUUGCCGGUGCUUCCACGACAGACUACACCAACGCCGCAAAGGCGUGCUUGCAGGAGACAAAGUGCAAGGGAAUUACUGUCUGGGGUGUCAGCGAUGCUAACUCCUGGCGUCAAGGCGACAACCCGCUGCUCUUCGACAGGAACUUCAACGCUAAGCAGGCAUACAAUGCUAUCAUGGCUUUGUGA